AUAGCCCUAAGGAAGAAAAAAAGAAAAGAGUUCGGUCUCCUCCCUUCCUACUCGUGUUAUAAAUAACAAACAUCUAUUCAUUUAUUGAACUAGAUUUAUAGAUAAUUGUCAAUAAACAAACAUUUAUUAAUUAUUCAUUAGAAUGGCAAGCUGCUUAUCAAAAGAAAAUUGGGAAGACUUACGCAAGCAAGCAAGACAUUUAGAAAAUGAAAUUGAUGCUAAAUUAGUUGCAUUUAGUAAAUUGGGGAUAAAUAUGACUCUGAGUCAUGCACCUCUAGAAACUGUGCCCUUGUUGCAUGAAGACCAUGUAUUUGAAAACAUGUCGUCAGAAAUAGAUUCGUUAUUAGCCAAGCUACUAUUAUUAAAUGGAAAAAUGAAUGAUAUACAUCCAAAUGGAGUUGCAAUGUUACAUACCAUUCAUCGUCACAAAGAAAUUUUAAAAGAUUAUAAUUUGGAAUUUAGAAAAAUAAUAAAUAAUUAUGUUGCUCGAAAAAAUCAAGAAGAGCUUCUAAAUGAACCACUUAUCGAAAAAGGAUAUAACAAUUUUCCUGGUUUAAAUCGUCGAGACAUGUUCUUCAAAGAAAAUCAACAUAUACACAAAUCAACAAAACCAUGGAUGUAUUAAAUCUGGCUGGAAAAACUCCAAGUUACCUUCCAAUUAAAAAUUGAGAGACUUGGAAGUUAAUAAAUCGUAUUUGAUUACAGGCGUGAAAAAAAUUGCUGCUAGGUUUGCAAUGAAAAUUGUGUUACAGCUAGAUUCUUUGUUUGAUGUUUUCUUACCAACUAAAGUUAAUGCUAUACUCGUUGAAAAAGAAGAGGCGUACAGUAAUUUUAAAGAAGAUACUCAAAAACGAGAAGUUAGAUUAAAAUAUCUAGGCAAUUGUCUAAUUGAAUUUAUUUAAUGGACGUUUAAGAAGAAUAAAAAGCCGCUUAGUAAAUUUAAGACAUUUUGUAAACGAAUAUAAACUAUUAUUAUAUCCUAAUACUGAUAAUUUUAUAAUUUUUGUUUAAAUAUAUGUAUUAAUUUUACCUGCAAAUUUUAUUUAUUUAAACUAUACUCCUCUUCAUUCCAAAUUCAGUUGAUCUGAUGAAUUAUUCAUUAUAUUAUAUAAAACAGUGUUAUUGUGUAAUUAAUAUAAAGUGAAUAUAAAAAAAGUGAUUGUGAAAGUAGGGGAGCUGGACUCGCAAA